AUGGCGAUGUUUGUGACGGUACGGGAAGCGUGUGUGGGCCGAAGCGGCAUCCAGAGGAGCGCCAUGGAGAGGGGAGGGGGAGCGAGGAGAGGACGCGGCAGGGAGGAGGAAGCGAGGCGAAGGGGAGAGAGGGGGGUCGAGAGGGAGCCGAGGAGAGAGCCGGCUGCUGCGGGCGUGCGGGCCCGACAGGGGCUCAUCGCAGACAGGGACCAGUGGCGGAGAGAGAUGCCCGUGAGGAGGCUGGUGAACCGGUCGGUGCCCCGCGGGGAGGACGUGGAGAUGGCGAUGCCCAACGCGGAGAGAGCCAGGCUGCUGACGGCGUGGGUGAGACGAGCCAUUGGCGAAGAGAGGACGCUCAACAGGGAGGAGGCGGGGAGAGAGAGGCUGGAGGCGGAGAGGGCUGCGUGGGACAGACAGGCAGACGCGAGGAGGCGAGUGGAUCAGAGGGUCGGCGACUCGCGGCCAAGGACCGAGGCGCAGCAAGCUCGGUUUGAUAUUGCCGCGAGGGAGAACGAGAGGACGGUCGACAGACUGGUGGAGAGGGCGGUGGAGGCGACGAGGCGAGAGAACAUGAACGAGCGCAUCCUGUGUGUGCCGGUGCCGAGCGGCUUCGACGUGGAUCUGAAGGAGUGGAACGAGACCGUGCUGAGGGACCUCGUGGCCAACCCCAGGGCCCACAGGACCGGCUUCGACCAGUACCAGUACCGGUUGAUCAACCAGUUCUGCUACGACAACGCGGUGCUGUGGAUCAGCAAGUACUUCCCGCACCUCGUGGUGCUGCACACGCUCGUCCUGACGGCCACCAGAAACUUCUGGUUCAGGUUCCCGGAGACGAGCUCCAAGAUUGAGCACUUUGUGUCCGUGCUGGGCAAGUGCAUGGAUUCGCAGUGGACCACGCACGCCGUCCACGAGGCCGCGCUUGAUGGGGUGGCAACAACGGCGGCGGCGUUGCGGCCGUCGCUGCCCGCCACGGCGGGGAGCUGCAGCGACCCGAGAUCCGGCGAAAUCCCCAUGGAGAAGCUGCCUCCUGAGUCUCCGCCGGGACCGCCCCGGCCCUCCGUCCAGUUUGUCGACCCCGGCGAGGCCGCACCACCCGACCGGUCCCCCCCGGGGCAGAGCGAGGACCGGCGGACGCCAUCGGAUGAUCGCAUCCUGGACAAGAAGGAGGGCGAGCAGGCUAAGGCUCUCUUCGAGAAGGUGAAGAAACUCCGCGCUCACACGGAGGCGGGCGGCGGGCUCCACAGGAUAUACGUGUUGCAGACGGCGGCCCGCUUGCUGCAGGCGCUGGUGGUGCUCGCGUACACCGGCUACGCCUGCCCCAAUAUGCGCUACCACAUCCACUGCGUGGAAGGCGAGUACAUCACGGGCUACGGGAACUUCUACUGCGUCCACGGGCUGUGGCGCAUCUUCCGCAUGAUGUGGAUGGCCUACGCGACCACGAUGUGUGUUUACGCGCUCACCUGUGCCUACGUCGUCUACUGGGUGGUGACCUGCAGGCUCAAGGAGUACAGCUUCGCGGAGACGCGCCAGGAGACGGGGGUGGACGACAUUCCGGAUGUGCGCAACGACUUCGCCUUCCUCCUGCACCUAGUGGACAAGUACGACCCCUGCUACGCAUCCAAGUUCUCCGUCUUCCUGUCCGAGGUGAGCGAAAAUAAGCUGAGGCAGGUCAACGUGGAUCAAGCGUGGACCCUGUCGCAUCUGACGGGGCUACUGGAGAUCAACGCGCAGGGCGAGAGCGAGCUACGCCUCUGCAAGCUGGCAGCGGUGCCAGUGGACACAUACCGCCUCACUCAGAUACAGGUGCUGACGCUGGACUCGAUGCACGGGGUGGCGCUGGGGGCGGCGGUGGUGCAGUUGGUGAACCUGCACCAACUCCGGCUGCUGAACUGCACCGUGAGCGUCGACAAUCGCGCACUCGCCUUCCUCAGCGAGGAGCUGCACCAGUUGGAGGUGAAGUUUGCGGUCAAGGCGGAGGUCCCGGGCUGGCUGCGUGAAAUGCGCCACCUGGAGGAGCUGUCCCUGGAGGGGCCCCUGACGCCCGCGCUCCUUAAGCCGCUGGGCGGCCUCAGGCGCCUGCGGGGCCUGCGCCUGACGACAAGCGUCGCCCGCCUCCCGCCCGGCCUGGCCGCCGUCGCUGGCGGCGGCCUGCGCGCGUUCGCCCUCGACAACGGCGGCGUGCGCCUCGAGUCGCCGGCGCCCCUGAGCAAGCUGCGCGGCUUGGAGACGCUGCGGCUGACGCGCUGCGGCCUGGAGCCCGCCGAGCUUCCGCGGCCCCUGCUGGCGCUGGGACGCUUGAGCGACCUCGACCUGUCCCGCAACGGCCUCCGCUCGCUGGGCGACGGCGAUGACGCGUCGCUGCCGGCGGCCGCCUGGGAGCGCCUCGCCGUCCUGCGCCUUUCGGACAACGCCCUCGUGAGCGUCCCACGGUUCGCGGCGGGGGCGGGGUCGCCGGCCCUGCGCUCGCUCUUCCUCGACGGGAAUCUCAUCGAGGGCGAGCUGCCCGCGGGGCUGCUCCGCCUGCACGGCCUGCGCGUCCUCGACCUGAGCCGCAACGCCAUCGCUGCCCUGCCGCCCGACGUGUGGCUGCUGACUCAGCUGAGCACCCUCCUUCUGUCGGGCAACGCCCUGCGGCGUCUGCCCGAUGAGUUGUUCCGGUGCGAGGGAUUGCGGACGCUGGCGCUCGCCAACAACGAGCUGUGCGAACUCAGCGGCCUGGUGGGGAGGCUGAGGAGGCUGCGCAGGUUGGAGCUGGUGGGGAACCGGCUGACGGAGCUGCCGGCCGAGCUGGGGGAGUGCGCGGAGCUGAGGCGCGGGGGGCUGGUGGUGGAGGAAGAGCUCUUCGAGUCGCUGCCCGCGCGGGUGAAGGAGGCGAUGCGGGGCGAGCCCAGCAGAACGACGCAGAGCCCCUCUGGAAGCCGGGAGAGAAACGCAAGAAACUGGGAGGGAACCCCAAGACACUGAGAUGCUUUUACCAGUAAUUACAACCACGACCUCCUGUAUAUCAGGUAAGGUAGUUAACGUCUCAAUUACCAAGGCGUAGACACCAAUGAAGGUCCAGACGACCAGCGGACUGAGUUUGGGCCGAGUGGGUCGCACACGUCCAGUAAGUCUAGGGUGGGCCUAAUAAUACACGGUCUUGUGUCUGUGUUUUAUUGAUCGAACAGUUGGUUCAUGUAGCCGCAAACUACAGUUAUGCGCAUUGAAUAAUCCGUGGCUGAAAGUCACGUGAAGUAGCUUGUCUGAUAAUUUGUAUAAUCUCCCCCUGUUCUAUCUCCCCCUAUUCUACAGUGAGAGUGAGUGGAGUUUGUAUGAUUAGGGGUUGACAGGUCUGGGUGUAGGCACUGAAUAGGGAUUGACAGGUCUGGGUGUAGGCACUGAUAAGGGGUUGACAGGUCAGGGUUUAGGCAUUGAUUAGAGAUUGACAGAUCUGGGUGUAGGCAUUGAUUAGAGAUUGACAGUCUGGGUGUAGGCAUUGAUUAUAGAUUGACAGGUCUGGGUGUAGGCACUGAUAAGGGGUUGACAGGUCUGGGUGUAGGCAUUGAUUAGAGAUUGACAGGUCUGGGUGUAGGCAUUGAUUAGAGAUUUACAGGUCUGGGUGUAGGCACUGAUAAGGGGUUGACAGGUCUGGGUGUAGGCAUUGAUUAGAGAUUGACAGGUCUGGGUGUAGGCAUUGAUUAGAGAUUGACAGGUCUGGGUGUAGGCACUGAUAAGGGGUUGACAGGUCUGGGUGUAGCCAUUGAUUAGAGAUUGUUAGGUCUGGGUGUAGGCAUUGAUAGGGGGUUGACAGGUCUGAGUGUAGUCACUGAUAAGGGGUUGACAGGUCUGAGUGUAGUCACUGAUAAGGGAUCUAACACCAAAAUAAAUACAAAACCUGUAUUAGGGGAAGCCACCGUUGACCAAUUUGGACCCCCGGUUUUUUGUUUUUCUCCGUUGGCUCCAAGCGCUUGAUCAUAACCCCCAGCUUUUAAGGGCGGUCCGUGAAUCGCUUCUUCUCGCCGCUUCCGCCGGGAUGCUCGAGAGCGUGAAUGCAAACAUUAAAACGCUUCCCCAUCUUGA